CGUCGCAGUGGUAUAAUCCACUUUAAUCUCCUCAAACUGGUCCGAUCACACACAUUUGACACUGAGAUGGAGAGAAAAGGUCUCCAUCUUCAUCUUCAUUAUCUCCUCCUCCUCUUCUUCCUCUUCUUUUUCUGCUGCCUCAUGUGUGAAGUGAUCGGAUCAGAUUCGGCUCUCCUCGGUGUCACGUCGGGUCCACUUCGGGACGGACGCGCGCGCGUGAAAGGACACGCGGCUGAGGCGAAGGCGCGGAGGAAACGCAGCUGGAUUGUCCCGGGGACACUUUGGUGUGGAAUGAGCAGUAAAGCGGCCACUUAUGAAGAGUUAGGGAUGUUUGAGAACACGGACAGAUGCUGCCGUGAGCACGACCACUGUCUGCACGUCAUCCCGUCUUUCACUGUCAACUACGGAGUCUUCAAUUCACACUUCUACACCCUCUCACACUGUGACUGUGACCAAGGGUUUCGUCAGUGUCUUCUCGGCGCCAACGACACCAUCUCCAGCAUGGUGGGCUACAGCUUCUUCAACAUCCUGCGCGUUCCGUGCUUUGAGCUCAAGCAGAAGAUGCGAUGCACCAGGAUGCACUGGUGGGGAAUGUGCAAAGUAUCCAAAGAGGCUCCAUAUGCCGUCCUCAGAAACCCCCUCCCAUACAACACCUCCAACGCUACAAGCAAAUAUGGAGAAGACGACGACGGCAGUGAGGAGACGAGGGCGGUGAUCGGCUCACCACGAAAAGCCCCAAAGAAUGAGCACAGAUGUAGAUCCAGAGUUCCACCGAGAGGAGACACCUUUUACCGCAGGGCGAGAGGAAAAGGUUGUAAGACACUGUCUUCACAAAAGCCACAGACAUCAAGGACAAACACCACGACUGCUCCAAUGACGACGCGUCUUUUCGAUGCGACCACAAGAGACAAAAGAGUCGAAAGAAAGAGGAGCGACAGGAAAGACCAGGCUCCUCCACACGUGUCCACAACAACACAGAGCAUCCUGUCCUCAACGACAACCAAAACCACAACAAAUAACCACAAACAGCCUCCGAAGCAGAGUCGCUGCUGUGAAUCAAGGACACCGUGCAAAAACUGUCUGGGACAAGAAACGACGACUGUUCCUACAGCUCCACACGGACCUUCAGUGAGAGUCACGACACUCUGGAACACUGAUGCGUUUACGAAGGCGCGACCAAAGACCACAAGCACUCUCCAUGAAGACCGCAAACCACAGCAGCAGAUGGACUCGGGUCUGCGGGGGAAUGACACGCGUCAGACGCUCCAGGGAAGAACAACUGCACAAAGUGACCACGUGGGAAAGAGAUUAAAACAAAAUAAUGACACAAUUCCAGAUUAUCAGCUUCUGUGUGGAAGCCUCAAACAUCUGGACGAAUGUAGAUUUCAAAUCCGUCCUCUGGAGAAGAAGUACGAUCUCCAGAACGAGGAGUCAAAGACUGUGUACCACUGUGACUGUACCACCCGCUUGGCUGUGAGCGUCAGACGCUUCAAGCGACCCAGCGUCGUCCCAGCACUGCUGGCGGAUUUUGUCUCUCAACGCUGCUUCAAAGUGCCGAAAAAGAAGAAAUGCCAGCGCAGAAAAAGAUGUUCCGGAGGCUUCAGCAAAGCCUCUGACCUACUUCGAGCGCUGAAGAAGACGGAGGAGCGCAAAGAGCACUCAGGCCGUGACGCGAGGAAAAGAGCGAUUCCUGUUCGCCUUUAUAAACGAUGCCUGAAGCUGGAAAGAGAAGCUGAAACCGCCGUGGCACAGCAAAAACAUGAUUAUUACAGAUGAAAGGACUCGUUCACACGUAGCUGGGUAUUAAUAAAAAUCUUUUUGAUGUCUUCUAGACUUUUAAAAACUCCGGCUAAAGUUGAAUAAGUCCCAACUUCCUCAACGCAGACGCACAGAUUGCCGCUCGAUCAUCAUGUUAGAGAGAACUCAGCUAUUAAACGCACAGCAUCAAUGACUUUUGUUAUGUGUGUAAAAAUGUGAUGAAAACAGUCACGUUCACCAAAACCUGUGUAUGUGGUCGUUAUCUUUGUGACUCAAAUUUAAUGUAUUUAUAAAUAUAUAUAUUAAAGUGCACUCAAAAAGGUCAAAAUCGUUUAUUUUAAUAUCUAAAGUACUAGUAAUAUGGAAAUACGUUCAGAAAAGUGCAUUUCUGACGCUUGUCAGGUGUGAACCUCAGUUGCCCUCUUGUGAACCUUCAUGUCUUGCGCUGCGUUGCAUCAGAGUUUCUCAGACUUGCUGUUUGCACCAUGAAAGAGACAGAAGUUAUAUUUUUUUGAAAUCGGUUUUCUAUCAUACAUGAAUUUACAUUUAUGAAGAUGAAACUUUCCAUAUUAAACAGGAAUAUUUUUAAUCAAUCCAGAAGUUAUGUCUGUGCAAAAGUGAAAUAUUUUUUUAAUUCAAACUUUGUGUUGUGUAAACUUUACUGAACUCUGACCUGGGUGUAUUUAUUUAUCUAUUUAUUGAUUGAUUCCCCUUUAACUGAAAUACCUUUAAUUUUGAUGCAUUCCUCGAAAGUCAUGCAUCAAAUUAAUGUCAAUUUGUUUCUAACAAGAGGCUGGAA